UUUUAUCCUUCAUUCUCUCUCUCUCUCUCUCUCUCUCUCUCUCUCUGUGAAACAACAAUGGCUUGUUGUCCAUGCGCUGCAAAAUCAAUCAAAAAAACUAAACAAAAGGAGGAUCAGAUCAAAGCUAGCUCUGCAGAGAAACCAAAUUUGGAGCAAACAUUAGAUGUUAAAAAGAAGGCGAUAUUGAGUGGUGAAUCUGAAAAACCUACUGCUCAGACAUUUUCAUUUCGGGAACUGGCCGCUGCGACAAAGAACUUUAGAGCUGAUUGUCUAUUGGGUGAGGGAGGAUUUGGUCGAGUUUAUAGAGGAUGGUUGGAGAGUAUUAACCAGGUUGUGGCGAUAAAGCAGCUAGAUCUUAAUGGUUUCCAAGGAAACAGAGAGUUUCUUGUUGAAGUUCUGAUGUUAAGUCUACUUCACCAUCCUAACCUUGUUAGCUUACUUGGAUAUUGUGCGGAUGGUGACCAGAGGCUUUUGGUUUAUGAGUACAUGUCACUAGGAUCAUUGGAAGAUCAUCUUUAUGGUCUAACUCCGGAUAGGAAACGACUUGAUUGGAAUACAAGGAUGAAAAUAGCUGCUAGUGCUGCAAAGGGCUUAGAGUAUUUGCACGAUAAAGCCAACCCUCCAGUGAUAUACCGGGAUUUAAAGUGCUCAAACAUCUUGCUUGGAGAAGGAUAUCACGCGAAGUUAUCUGAUUUUGGAUUGGCAAAGCUUGGACCAGUUGGCGAUAAGACUCAUGUAUCAACUCGAGUGAUGGGGACUUAUGGAUACUGUGCACCCGAGUAUGCGAUGACUGGGCAAUUGACAAUUAAAUCAGAUAUUUACAGCUUUGGAGUUGUACUUUUAGAGAUCAUCACGGGAAGGAGGGCUAUUGAUAAUUCUAGACCUGCGGGAGAGCAGAACCUUGUUGCAUGGGCUCGGCCAUUAUUCAAAGACAGGAAAAAAUUCCCACAGAUGGCUGAUCCGAUACUCCAAGGCCAAUAUCCAACACGAGGCCUAUACCAAGCCCUCGCUGUGUCUGCAAUGUGCGUCCAAGAGCAACCCACAAUGAGACCAAGAAUCGCCGACGUAGUCACGGCCCUCAGCUACCUCGCUUCCCAAAAUUACAAUUACAACCCCGAACCUAAGAGAAAUUCGCCCCAGGCCUCACCGAGCACUCCAAGACCGAAAAGAGAUAACAGCAGGAAACCAGCUGGCGGAUCAUCGAGGAAGUCCACUUCAGAAGAAUAAACCGUUUUGAGUGUACUUUUAUUCGGUGCCUGGUUAUCAAAUUUUGAUCAGCUUUUGGGUAACUGGUGCGUUCCUUCAGAAGGAAGUUCUUUUGUUGUAGUUGUAUAUGUGAGUGGUGGGUCCUGAUGUACCAAUAGGCAUUGAUGCACUAUAUUGGCUGUGAUUCAUUUUGGUUUGAUACAUGAUGGCAUUUUUGUUGUUGUGAAGAAACAUUGUGUGCCGUUGUGUUCUGCUUGUGCUCUAUACUUGCUGGUAUGCAGACUUGUGACAGUUUCAAGAGCUGCACAAGACAUGAAAGGUUUUC